CUUCGAUCAAACCAUCAGGACGAACAGGUCUCGUUUCACUUGGCGACAGUGCGGCUGCUGGUUUCAAGAGCGCACAAUUGCUGGCGGCGCUCAAAUGGAUUCAUAUGCAUCUCUCAUAAUAGUAUGAUCGAGAAUGAAAAAGCCGAAACAGCACUGGGCACGAUCGGAGCGGUGCUCUGGACGAUCCAGAUUAUACCCCAGCUCGUCAAGAGUUACCGGACGAAAGAUGUGGAAGGGUUGAGCGCCAUGCUCAUGUUCGUGUGGGCGGUCUCGAGUCCAUUCCUAGGAGUCUACGCCAUCGUGCAAGAUCUCUCGGUGCCCAUCAUUCUCCAGCCGCAGAGCUUCGGCCUGCUCUCCUCGAUCUCGGUGGCUCAGUGCAUGCAUUACGGUCAGAAACGGAGCAAGAGCGUCUGUAUCGCCUUUGUGCUAGCGUUCGCCGUUAUCAUGGCCGGCUUCGAGGUCGGAAUGGUAUAUGCAGUCCGGGCGGGGAUGGACAACGGAGUCGACUGGCCUGUUACGCUUUUUGGGAGCAUAUCCGCGGCUCUGCUGGCCGGAGCGCUGAUACCCCAAUACUAUGAGAUAUAUCGCCUGAAGGAGGUAAAAGGUAUAUCUUUGAUCUUUAUGGGAACAGAUAUGGCAGGAGGCGUCUUUUGUACCCUGAGUCUCGCAUUCAGGAGUAAAGUCGACAUCAUCGGGACGAUCAACUACUGCUGCGUGGUCGUCCUUGACCUCGGUGUCUUGAUCUUGGCCAUGAUCCUCAAUCCGAGGGCAAAGAGGAAACGACUCGAAGCCGGCCUACCUGCCAACGCCGAUGAUACGAUCGAGAUCGACGAUGCGCGGCAGGUGCAGAUGUCGACAGCUACCUCUAGGGCUGUCAAGGACGAAGAUAGGCAGGAUACGUUGGAUUCUACCGGUACUACGAAUGUGAAGGAUUUCUCGGUAUGAGGGCGAACUAUGGGGCGUUUGGCAAAAGGAUUUUACGAUACGACGCACUAGAAGACGGCGCUGGAGAGAGCGCAUGUCAACGUCGACAGCAGCAUAUCAUAUAUGGAGCAAACACAUAGGGAGCUAGAAUCGGUAGAGUUCCUCGAAUUCGAUAUCUGUAGCCUAGUAUCCUCGAGCAGAUCGAUUCACUGUAUCUACAAUAGCAGAUCAUUCACGGAGGCACGCGAUCUGACGAUAUGUGAGAAAUCUUCCGGCCAGUCAAGAUGAUGAGCGAGGGAGGUAGU